AUGAGCUGGAGCGGGACACCGUCCGGCCGAUGCGUCGACUCGGGCAACACGCGCAGCCAUGCGCACCUGAUCGGCGGCAACUGGGUCGACAAGAACGACCUCGCACCCUCGGCGGUACUCUGCGUCGUCAGCUUCUUGGCCAUCGCGGCGGUCGCGUGGACGUACAGGGAGACGAAGGUGCACCUCCUCCUCCUCUUCGCCUUUGCGCUCCUGUUCCUCGGCAUCGCCUUUGCGAUCCAUGCCGCCCUCGCCAAUGCUCGCCCGUCGGCCCGAGGUCAAAGCGCGGUCGCGUGCGAGCAAGCCUUCUUCCUCCUCGCCCUCUCGCUCCUUCUGCUCGGCCAUAUCCUCUUUGCCCGCACCUUCAUCAACCGGGCGUCGCUCGUCCACUGGCCGAGCACGCUCCUGUACCUCGCCUGCGCCCUCCUCCUCGCCGCCUUCAUCGUCGGCUGCGUCGCCCUCGGCGACCUACCGCCGCUCGACCCGUACACCUACUCUCCACCCCUCAAAUACACGCAGGAGCGCAUCGCGAGCGCCGUCCUCGAGCUCAUCGUCGCGACGAUGCACCCUCUCCUCCUCCCUUUCGCGAAACUCGUCGCACCCGAGCUGCCCGGGCUCGAGCUGGGCCUCCUCGUUCUCGCCGGGUGGUUCCUGUGGGUCCCGGCACUCUACGUCUUUUGCCUCGCGACGAUCACGGCGGACGCCUCUCCUCUCGUCUGCUCUCAGACGUUCUUCUACCUCGCCUUCUUCCUCUUCCCCUUCCUCGCCCUCGCCAUCCUCCUCGGCCUCCCACUCCACCGCUGGGGCUUCACCCUCCCUCCUCGCGACCUUGUCACCUCUUACUCGUACGCCGCCCCGGCCGCGACGCACGCCGCCCUCGCUCACGAGGCGGCCGAGCUCGGCGAGGCGGCGGCCUGGGCGCAGCAGGAGCGGCGCCACGAGGCGGACGAGGGCGCGCUGCUCGACGAGAUGAGGAGCGUCGUCGGCGAGAAUGCUGAGCGUGCGGGGCUGUACGACGACGAUGCGUGGAGCUUGCGGCUGCACUGA